AGGAGCGCAUUGCAAUGGCUGCCAUGUAGUACCCUCCCUGCACAAUUAGCCAAUCAGCAGCGCGCUCUGCCAGCCAGGAGGACGCAUAAAAGAAGAACAUUGCAGCAGAGGCACAGAAGGAGACUGGGAGAGGAGCAAGGAAUUACACACAAAAGCAGCCGAACCAGAACACCCUCCCCUGGACACACCCUGCUGAGGAUCACUGCUUCUCUUUUUUUCUGAAGCAUCGCCCACGCCGCUCGGAGAGAACGCUCUCUCUCAUCAGCAUCCAGUAGAAAACCCCUUUCUCCUCAUUUUCAUCCUAUAGAGGAAACCUACAAUCUCACAGGGCUGAGAUCCCUUGGCGAAGAUUGUAUUUUUUUCCUUUUUUUCUUUUUUUUUCUUUUAAUUUUGACUCCUGACAGAGCAUAAGGGGCCAUAUAUUACAAAGGCCGAAGAGCAAGCAAGCGACUCAGCCUCCAGCUUCAAGACCAGUGCAAAGAAGGACCUAGAUUUCUUUCAUUGUACGUCAAGAAUGGUUACUCAGAUAAUCAGCACCAUGGAAACCCAGGUGUCCAACGGUCCAAGCGGAACCAGUCUGCCCAACGGCCCCGUCAUUAGCACAAACGGCUCCACGGACGACAGCAAAACCAACCUGAUCGUCAACUAUCUGCCUCAGAACAUGACGCAGGAAGAAUUUAAAAGUUUGUUCGGUAGCAUCGGGGAGAUUGAAUCCUGCAAGCUAGUCAGAGACAAGAUAACAGGUCAGAGUUUGGGAUACGGCUUUGUAAACUAUGUGGAUCCAAAUGAUGCAGACAAGGCCAUCAACACGCUCAACGGGCUCAAACUGCAGACUAAAACAAUCAAGGUAUCGUACGCCCGGCCAAGCUCGGCUUCUAUCCGCGACGCUAACCUUUACGUGAGUGGACUCCCCAAAACCAUGAGCCAGAAGGACAUGGAACAGCUGUUUUCCCAAUACGGUCGCAUUAUCACAUCCCGCAUCCUAGUGGACCAAGUCACAGCAGGCAUAUCACGAGGAGUGGGCUUCAUCCGGUUUGACAAGCGAAAUGAAGCAGAGGAGGCCAUCAAAGGACUGAACGGACAGAAGCCUUUGGGUGCCGCCGAGCCCAUCACUGUCAAGUUCGCCAACAACCCCAGCCAGAAGACGGGCCAGGCCUUACUGACUCAGCUGUACCAGACCGCCGCGCGCCGCUACACGGGGCCCCUGCACCACCAGACUCAGCGUUUCAGUGUGAUCCCUUCACUUGGAAAGGGACCAGAUCCAAAUAACAGCUCAAAACCAAUACUCGACAAUUUACUAAACGCCAGCUACGGAGUCAAGAGCUCUCCCACUCUCUUCCCCAGAUUCUCCCCCAUCACCAUUGACAGCAUGACCAGCCUGGCCGGGGUCAACCUCACCGGUCCCACCGGAGCCGGCUGGUGCAUCUUUGUGUACAACCUCUCGCCCGAGGCGGACGAGAGCGUCCUGUGGCAGCUCUUCGGGCCUUUCGGCGCCGUCACCAAUGUCAAGGUCAUCCGUGACUUCACCACCAACAAAUGUAAGGGCUUUGGCUUCGUCACCAUGACCAACUACGACGAGGCCGCCAUGGCUAUCGCCAGCCUAAACGGCUACCGCCUGGGCGACCGCGUGCUGCAGGUUUCCUUCAAGACCAGCAAGCAGCACAAGGCCUGAGAGAGCGAGCGGCAAGCCGGCGCCAGCUCCUUCGACCUUGCAGGGAGAGCGGCUUAAGCUCCCUGCGCCACCACUCUAAAUGGGCCUGGACUGAGUCUCUCUCUGACAUAUUCUCACACAAAUUCAUACGACGGAAUCACACAGAGACAUGCAGAUAACUCACACACACGCAAACAUAUCCAUGCGCAAGCAUACACGAGUCAGAGUUUCAAUACAAAAACACACUAGUGGAGUUUUUCUUUUCUCUUUACACAACAUGCUAGUCCUUCCCUUAUAUUUGCCUGGAUUGAAUUAGAAGGGGUACGUAGCUGGUUUUGUGGGGGUCGGGGCAAGAGCUAUCUAUUUAGGAGACAGUCUAACGAAUGUGACAGAGAAUGUGUGCUGAGUGCUUUGAUUGAAUUCAGGCAAAUAACGACAACUGAUGAACAAAACGAUCAA